AUGAGAGUUGCUGAAGUGAAAUUCGUUAGUGGCGCCACUCCCACUUCAUCCAAGAUUGCUAUAGAAGAGACCACAACUACGCAACUGAUUUUGAACUCAAGUCAUCAUCUUCCAAAAAUAAAACUUGGACCGGAUCUCAGAAGCGCCAGAAAACCUAAACAACACAUAAACAAGUUGAAACCACCGGCCCCCUACACACCGCCUACUCCACAUUUACCGACCUUAGAACUAACAAAGCCCUUCCUACCUAUGAUACCAUACAUACACAAACCCACCACUGACGCUCAAAUAAAAACAUUUCUGCUCAACACGGCACUACAAAACGCAUUGUCAGAAUCACUGAACCAUCUAACACAACCACCGGCAAAAAUAUCUGACAAGAAAGAGGAGUUCGUCAGUGAUGAUGGCCAGAGCAGGAAGAGACUACACAAGUGUGACGUGGUUGGUUGUCAUAAGGUGUAUACUAAAAGCUCUCAUUUGAAAGCGCAUAAGAGGACUCAUACUGGUGAAAAGCCCUAUUCAUGUGGUUGGGCAGGCUGCGACUGGCGUUUCGCAAGAUCCGAUGAACUUACACGGCACACGAGAAAACAUACAGGUCAUCGACCCUUCACUUGCCCUUUGUGUAGAAGAUCUUUCGCAAGGUCAGACCACCUGGGACUGCAUAUGAGACGACACUAG